AUUUCUGUGUGUAGAACAAUGUUUACCUAAAACACAUUGCAUCUUCACAAUACUUUUAGAAAUAUGUAUUAUACAAAAAGAGGAUGUAUAUAUCGUAGCGUUUGUACAAUCAACUUAACAUUCCUUGUUCAGAAAGAGAGAUAUUGAGAACAUUUCAUUUUUUACAGAUGGAAGUGGAGUGUCGGUUCCUAUGCCCCCUACAUUUGAAAAAAUAAAAGAGGAGAUACUGAAGAAGAUUGAAUCUGGAGAUAUUCUAUUAGGAUCUUUGGUUGAGCCAAAAAAAUAUAAAAAAGCUGUGAUAAAGAAUGGAGUGAUUUUCAAUGAAGAAUUCACAGUAUCUGGUCGUUGUAUACCACUGAGUGACAUUCGCAGAAAGAUUUUUGAAGAACAUCAAAGUUUGGGGAUUAUGAGAAAUCCAAAAGGUGCUUUGACAAGAUACUUCAUACUAUGGUCUGAUCAUGCAUCACUUUUGAGUGCUGGCCAUUUACUAUUGACUGUCAAAGUUGUUUACGAUGACAAGUUAUUUUAUACAGAUGAGGAAAUGUAUGCAAAAACAGGAAUUUGUCAUGAUGUUCAAGAACUUGUGGAGCGUCCAUCCGUUUAUAUUAUUGGUUUUGCCCAGGAUAGCAUUGCAGAGAAGCUUUCAUAUGUCGAAACCAGACUUAAUGACAUUAGAAAAUUGUCUGACCCAUUAAUUGUCAAUGAUAAGAAAGUGGUUGAUGUGAUAAGGUUUUUUCAUGGUGACCAUCCUGAAAUACAAUACGAGAGUGGUAACUCUCAUGGUGGAAACUUUCCCUGUCUUUGUGGAUGCAAAAAAUCAAGAUUUACAGAUAUAGCCCAUGUCUACAGUAACAAAAUAGUGUCCUUGGAACAAAGAAGGAAGAAGGUAAUAUCAGGCCCAGCAGGACAACAACAAAAAGCUGUGUCUCCAUUUCAACAACUCAAUGUGGAGAAACUGGGUCUUGAAGUAAAUUACAGAAACCUUGACCGUGACUUACCAGUUCAUCAAAAGUUGCACAAAAAGGACCUUGAACAGCUACUAAAAAAUCAUUUGACAGGAAUUAUCCGUGUUCCAGCUCUUUGCUUUGGAAAUGAACAUAGUACAAUGGAGUCCUUGAAUCUUGCUAAUUAUGAAGUGAUGCCGAUUGAACCACUGCAUGAUUGUAAAGGACAUAUCAAGAAUUUGUGGGAUGUUUUGCAUGAAGUGUUGACACCUCAAGAGAAUAAAAUUUUUCAACAGUCCCUAGAUGCCACAUAUGGUUCGAAGGACAAGGUGAGAGGAUCUGACUAUCGGCUGUCAUCAAUAGUUGUUUACCAAUCAAUGCAAAGCACUUGCAGAAAGGAAAUCAAAGAGUUGUUGUACACAUUGAUGGAGCUAGUUCGGUUAUCAUAUCUUAAAUCCCAAAAAAGGUCCCCACGAAUUAUUCUACGAUUACAUAAUAUUAGUUUCCAGCAUGCCAUGUUGUGCCAAGAUCUGUUUGGGCAUAAUUUAAAGUCAAUGUCUACACAAAAGCUUUAUGGCAUUUAUUAUCAUGGCUUGACAACACAUUUAGCAGAAGUAUCGAGAAUUAUCUCACCAAGCUCCUUACACACAGAGAAUGAAGAACAGCUAUUCAGCAAAAUUAAUCAAAUAAGUUUGAGAACAUCAGCCAGAUCCUUAGAAUCCAUACGUGAUAAUAGCAUCAUCCGUAUUCAAGCUGAACAGAAAUUUAUUGCCAAAGAAUGUUCUAGAAAAUCAACUAACACAUCUAAAAUAUCGAAAUUUUCAGAGAGUGUACUUGAUGAGAAAAGAAGUUGUUUUAACAUUAACUUACCUCUACGGAAAUAUCAGGCACACUUGGAAAGAAUUGCAGAUUUUUUGCUCUAUGGUAAUGGUGUUUGGUGGCAUAGAGAAAAUGAUAUUAUCAUAUUUCAUGAUGGAAAAGAGGAUGAUGAUUUCAGAGUUGAAGGGCCUUUGAUGACAAAUUUCAAACAAGACAACCUGCAAUCAGUAGCAAAAGAUGUAGAAGCUUGUUGGAAGAAAUGCGUUGAUCGUGGUAUUGAAUUGCCAAUCACAAAGAUAAAUACUUUCGACGAAAAUGGAGAUUUAAUAGAAUGCAAGGCACUUGAAGAAGUAAGUAAUACGUCAUUCUUGGCUUACUGUCUGUAGGAUGGGUAUAUUAAUAGCCCCCAACUCAAAUUCCUCUGUAUCAAGUCUAUCUCUACACUUUCUUACCCAAUUAUCCUCCUUCAUUCUUGCAAGUGUCCUAACCAACUUAAUCUACUUAUAUCUGGACAACAUCUAUCUU